CCGUUCGUUGACAGUCCGGAAUAACUGUAGCAAGCACAUUUAAAUAGACUUCAAGGGCGUAUUUUGGCUCUCCUGCUGCAAAUUACGUAUUCGGCCAUGGCCCCAGCUGUGUGGGCGGUGCUCCGGGUGCUAUCCCGCGAGGGAGUCGCCGUGUUGAAAUCAAACGUACCUGCCAGGAGCAGCAGAGUAGUUCCUGGGUGGCAGAGGCCUUCUGUGACGAGCGGCUGCAGACGGAUAUCCAGCGAGGUGAGACGCGCACAGGCUGCAGUCAGGAUGCCCGAGAUCACCACAGACCACCUGGACGAGAAGCAGGUCCAGCUGCUCGCAGAGAUGUGCAUUCUCAUCGACGAGAACGACCAGAAGAUAGGAGCGGACACCAAGAAAAACUGCCACCUCAACUCCAACAUCGACAAAGGCUUGCUGCACAGAGCCUUCAGCGUCUUCCUUUUCAACAGCGAGGAGAAGCUGCUCCUGCAGCAGAGAUCCGAUGCUAAAAUCACCUUCCCAGGUUGCUUCACAAACACAUGCUGCAGUCAUCCUCUGCACAUGGACAGCGAGCUGGAGGAGAGGGACGCGCUGGGUGUGAGGAAGGCUGCCCAGAGGAGACUCCAGGCUGAACUGGGAAUCCCCCUGGAGCAGGUGCCACCAGAGGAGAUGACGUACCUGACAAGAAUCCACUACAAAGCGCAGUCCGACGGGGUGUGGGGAGAACAUGAGAUCGAUUAUAUACUCUUCAUGCAGAAGGACGUGGAGUUGAGUCCAGACCCCAACGAGAUAAAAAGCCACUGCUACGUGAGCAAAGAGGAGCUCAAAGCGAUGCUGGAGAAGGCUGAGCGGAAGGAGCUGGACGUAACGCCUUGGUUCGGCCUCAUCGCGAACACUUUCCUCUUCAAGUGGUGGGACAACCUGCACAACCUGAAAGAGUUCAUGGAUCACAGCAACAUCCACCGCAUGUGACCACGGAGACGGAGAUUUUGUAUGCAACCGCGUUCAGGAGGUCUUCAAGAACUUUUAACGCUGAGCUGCGGGGGUCCUGAAUGUAAUCUGCUGUUGCCAAUGGCAACGGCGUUUUGCUUCAGGAGAAAGCUCAAGGAACUGAGUCAGUCUAGACAGAAAGUAGUGCUGGUAUGCCGAACAAUGAGUGAAUACAAAACUGCUAACGUUUGUUGGGAUACAAGAAUGCAAUGUAGCCGUCACCUAAUCAGAAGUAGAUUAUUUUUGUAUGAAAAAGUUCAAGUGCCUGAUUAAUGGUGUCAGUAGCUGUAAUAAAUCUCUCUUGGUCUACAGUGAUAGCAGUGAA